AAUUUAGCGUGGUUAUGAAGAAUAGUUGAUACAAUAUGAAAUUGAUGGUGAUAUUUAUUGUUAAAAGGUCUAACUAGACAAUAUAUGAUUAUAUGAUUCUUAGCCCAUUUGGUUGAUCAUUAAUUACUAUGAACCUUGAUGGAAGAGAACGUAAUGAUUACCAUAUUAGUCAAUGAAAAUCUAAUUUUUUGUCAUUUCAGUUGACAAUUUUUUUUUUACAAUAGCAGAAAUGUUAUCAGACGAUGGAGACAAACUUGCUACUCUUUUAGGUUUAGAAUACCACCAUUUAAAAAAUAUAAAAAAAAUAAGAAACCAUGAAGAUGGUCGUCGAUCUCUGCUUGCAGAGAAAAGUGAGCAAUUUUUCACCAGCGAAGAAUUUUUGAUGGAGCUUGAAAAAGCAUUGAAAAAGGCUGAGUUAAUGCAUAUAAUACGAGCAAUCAAUAAUAUAAAUUCAAAAGAAAAGGAAAGUAAGGCCAUCGCUAUUGUGUCAGAAAAUGUUACAGAUUCUAAAUUUUAUAUUUUGUUUUGUGGAUUUCCAAAAACUUCGGAAGUAUUUGACGAACUUUCAUCAGGAAAUAUUGUAAAUGCUAACAUUGGCUAUUUAAAAUUUUUCUGGCAAAGAAAUAGCAUGACAGAUGUAGAGAAAAUAGAAAAAAUAAAGGAAGCUUUAAAAGAUAUCAAGAGAUUCGACAUGAUCAGACAAAUUGAAAAAAAUUCUCCAGUCACUCAGACUACUUUUCCGAAAUAA